ACAUCAUUGUUUUUAGAUAUUUCACAGAAUUAUCUCCAUUAAUAACAUUCUAGGGUUACUUUUAUAAAUUUUCUAAAUCCAGUGUCAUCAUCGUGUCGGCAACCCCCUCUGGCAAACAACCAAAUUAAAAGACUGAAAAUUUAGGUUAGAGUGACGUUAUACUAUUCACUACUAGUUGUAGUAUUCUGGAAUGCAUCAUUGUGAAAUAGGUUCGUUACUAGUUAUGAAUUUUCAUUCCGCUCGAUUAUAACGCCCGUGUGCUUGGUUAUUUACAAAUUUUAAAUACAAAUAGCUAAAUUCACGUGUGUAACUUUAAAAAUAACUAAUCAAAAUGAAUAUAAAAAGUACUGGGAAUAUCUCAUCGAUAACUUUUAUUGUCAUGUUUGGCUUUUUGUUUUAUACUGGAUUGCACGAAGGACUUCUAGGCUUCACGUACUGUUUUGCAGAUACGCUAGAUUCAUCGAAAAUAUCCAAUAAGCGUCCUGUGGACCUCUUUACUCCAGAAGAACUGCAAUUGUACGAUGGUGGUCUGGAUAGUAAAGGACUGUAUUUAGCAUUUUUAGGGAAAGUCUAUGAUGUGAGGGAAGGAGCUCAGCACUACAAACCGAGUGGUGGUUAUUCAUUUUUUGCAGGUCGUGAUGCUACUCGAGCAUACGUCACAGGAGAUUUUUCAGAUGAGGGGCUGAUUGAUGAUGUCAAAGGACUUUCAAAUGAAGAAAUGAUGGGGAUCAAUAACUGGAUGGAGUUUUAUGACUCUGAAUAUGUUUAUGUUGGAAAGGUAGUUGGCAGAUAUUAUGAUAAAGAUGGACAUCCCACACAAGCCCUUCAGGAUGCUUUAGCAGCCAUUGAAAAAGCCAAAGCUAAUAAAAGAGAUGAGGCAGAGGAGAAACAGAUAUUUCCACCAUGUAAUUCUGAAUGGAGUGCUGAAAAAGGUGGCAGAGUUUGGUGCUCUAAUAAAAGUGGUGGAAUUGACAGAAACUGGAUUGGUGUGCCACGAAAACUGUAUCGUCCAGGAGAAACAGAGCCUCGUUGUGCAUGUGUACGUACAUCAGGACCACCCUCAGGCAGCUCUGACACAACAGAGCAUGAAAAUAGAGGAGACCUAGACAGUCCUCUUCUUAAAGAAUAUCCAAAUUGUUCUCCAGAAUCUGUGACUUGUUCUCUUUCCCCCUAGUUUAAACAUUAAGUAUGUGUUUCUUUUCAGAGACCAAAUUUUUCAUUAAAGAACAAUUAUUUUUGAUUACAUUGACUAGUAUCACUCAUAGUAAUCAACUAAACAAAAUUAGUGUAUCCAAUUAUUACUAUUUUUAAUUAUUCUAACUAUCCAAGUAAAAGAAAUAUUUCCAUUAUGAUUUCUCAUUAUUAUUUUCAAUUAAUAUUAAUGUCAUGUCUCACUAAAAUAACCAACUAGUUGAAAUUUGUAUUUCUGGUGAUCACUAUUUUUUAUAUUAGUUGAAUUUUAUUAAUGAUUAAUCUAUUAGCAAGUUCCAUUAAUCAUUCAGCUCUUCGUACCAGUCAACCUUCCUGUUUGUAUCUUUUGACAUGAACUUUCAGACCACUUCCGGCUAAAAGUAUUGUCAUCUACUAGGAGUAAUGUGUAUUUUUUUCACUUAAUUCCAGUACAAAUUGUUCUAUUGAUUUCUUCCACCUGGAAUUAAUUUUUUGUACAUCUCGGAUAUUCUUUCUUGAGCCUUUUAUAUCAAGAUGUAAGUUUAGUUGUCAUAUAUGUAAGUCAAAUGGUGGGUGUUACUACUAAAAGUAAGAGUAUUGUCAAGAACUAUGAUGUUAAUUAAGUUUGGCCAAAUCAUCAACAAGUCAUUUUGAAGUUUUCACACUUGAAAGAGCAAAAAUAAUGGGAUGCACUUAUUUUAGUUUUGUUUUACAUGUUUAUGAUAUCUGGUGAUAUUACCGUAGAAUAUUUAAAACUGAAAAUUGAUGUGAUGCAUUAGAAGUAUGUGUGUGCUUUGAUAGUAAUAACCAUGUUCACAGAUCAUAAUUUAAAAAAACUUCUGUAUGUAAUAUUUCUUAGUUUCCAUAUGAAAUUAUUAUUUCAUACUAGAGAGUGCUUGUGACUGGAGUUUACAGUAAUCUUUUUUCAUAUGGUUAGUUACGUUUUGAUGUAAAACUAAUAUGUUAAGUAUUGUUACGUCUCUGUAUGUUUGCUUGUUAAUUCUUACAAGAUACAAGUCCUUUCUUUACAAAACUUGUUUAUUCUUCCUCAAUACAACUUUGUAAUGUACUUAAUUUUCACAGUAACACACACUAUAGUUCACAACAAUUCACUCACUUUCUAUCGUGCUUGGACUUAAUUGUCCGUCCCCGCAAACCACAGUUCCGAUCUCUGUGUCUGCUAUCCUCAGUUCCCGCCGACCGUAACCUCUGUCUUUCUUUCUCUCUGCCUGCUUCGUCUCAGUCUUUGUCUCCACUAUUGCUUCAACUCUGUCUGUCUCUCUCACUGUCUAGCGCACUUAUAUACGAUAAUACUGCCUGUUCUAGAAACUUCUAAGACUCUCAACACGUGCUACCAGCGUCAAUUGACUCCCGCUGUCGCAACACACUAGCGAAUCUUCUAGAAUAUUGUCACGUGACCCCGCUGUCGUAACACACUAGCGAAUCUUCUAGAAUACUCGUCACGUGACCCCCACUGUCGUAACAGUAUUAUCAUGUGAUGUGAUAACACUACAAAUGCAAUAAGUAGAUUUUCAGAUGUGAGUAGAAUAAACAGUUUAAUUUGUUAGUUUUUUGUGCUAAACUUGUAUAGAAGUAACAGCAAAAUAAAAUCAUUAAGCUGAAUAAAAAAGAAAUUUGUAACAAUAAAUUGUGAUAUAUAGCUAUGUAUGUUUUUCAAAGUCUGAAGUAAUCUUUGAAAUUGUAUUUUGUAGCAAAUCCAAUGUAUAUUGUUAUACCAACUCAAAAAAGUAUAAUUAGUCAAUUAUAAAAAAGUUUAAUCUUACUUGUAUCAACAAGGAAAGCAAGAAAUGCAUAGGUUCAUCAAAAUCUACUUGUAGCUUUAAAUUUGAUGUAUUUAGUUUUUGAUAAAUUAAAUCUAUGCAUUUUAUUAAGGUAAAUCACACAUUUUGGAUGUAGAAUGACUGUAGAAAGAAAGUUAAGAGUAGAAGAUUGUGUAAUAAUUCAAAAACGUUUGUACAGAUAAGACAGGUAUGUGAUCUUCGUCAAGUUAGGCUAGGUUAGGAUUGUAAAAAAACUGCCUGAAUAAAUAAAUUGAAUUUAUAAGAACCGUAACUUUGCCCCCUUUUCAGUGAAACUACCAUAAAUUUUUAAUUCUGUACUGUACUGUUGGCUUGUACAAAGGUCAUAAGGUGGGAUCUUUUAAUAAAAAAUUCAUAAUUCUAUUUAGAUGCAUAGAAAUAACAAGAUUUAGUGGCAGUGAUGGUACGUCAAUUUACCCAUACAUUACUCAUACCUCUCUAUGUAUACAUAUAUAUAUAUGCACAUGUGUUUGUGUAUUUGUGUAAUAUAUACCUCUACAUAAUUAAACAUUAAAGAAAGUGAAAUGGAAA